AUGUACCUAGGAAUUGCUGAUCGCAUGCAAAAGGAGAUCACCGCUCUUGCCCCAUCCACCAUGAAGAUCGGGAUCAACGCACCACCAGAGCGCAAGUACUCCGUCUGGAUAGGAGGAUCCAUGCUUGCUUCCCUGUCCUACUUCCAACAGAUGUGCAUCUCCAAGCAAGAGUACGACGAGUCCGGCCCAUCCAUCGUCCACCGCAUGUGCUUCUAA